GACACAGGGGCCCUUUGUGCGGGGCCUGAGCUGCCUCCUAUGUCCCGGUGCUGUCGGCUCCUGGGGAACAUGCCGGGGCUCCUCCUUUCCACGCUGCUGGGCGCUGCUCUGGUGCAGUUCUGCGGCCAGGCGCAGGGGGGCGCGCCAUCGGCCGCGGCGCCGGAAGCCAGGCCCAGAGGAGAACUAGGAGAACCGGAAGUGCAGCCGCGCCGACAGUUCUGUCACUGGCCCUGUAAAUGCCGCGGUGCGCAGCCCAGCUGCCCUCCGGGAGUGAGCCUGCUGAGGGACGGCUGCGGGUGCUGUAAGAUCUGUGCCAAGCAACCGGGGGACAUCUGCAAUGAAGCCGACCUCUGUGACCCCCACAAAGGGCUCUACUGUGACUACUCAGCCGACAGGCCUCGCUUCGAGACCGGCGUGUGCGCACACCUUAUAGCUGUGGGAUGCGAGUUCAACAGGGUACAUUAUCAGAAUGGCCAAGUCUUUCAGCCCAGCCCCCUGUUUAGCUGCCUCUGUGUGAGUGGGGCCAUUGGAUGCACACCUUUGUUCAUACCAAAGCUGGAUGACAGUCGCUGCUCUGGCACUAAAGGUAGAAAGAAGUCUGAUCAGUCCAACUGUGGCCUGGGACCCUUCCAAAAGCAGCUUUCAGCAAGCUACAAAGCAAUGCCAGCUUAUAGGAAUCUCCCACUUGUUUGGAAGAGAAAAUGUCUUGUGCAAGCAACAAAGUGGACCCCUUGCUCCAGAACAUGUGGGAUGGGAAUAUCCGAUCGGGUCACCAAUGAAAAUAGCAACUGUGAAAUGAGAAAAGAGAGAAGACUGUGUUAUAUUCAACCUUGUGACAGUAAUAUAUCAAAGAGAGUAAAGAUCCCCAAAGGAAAAACGUGCCAACCUACUUUCCAACUGCUCAAAGCUGAAAAAUUCGUCUUUUCUGGAUGCUCAAGCACUCAGAGUUAUAAACCCACUUUCUGUGGAGUAUGCUUGGAUAAGAGAUGCUGUAUCCCUAAUAAGUCUAAAAUGAUUACCAUUCAAUUUGAUUGCCCAAACGAAGGGUCAUUUAAGUGGAAGAUGCUGUGGAUUACAUCUUGCGUAUGUCAAAGGAACUGCAGAGAGCCAGGAGAUAUAUUUUCUGAGCUCAAGAUCCUAUAAAACCUAGUAUAUAUGGGAAAAGUUAAGUUUAGGUAAUCAUGUCAUUACAUAAGGAAAUUAGAGUGGUUUUAAAAGGGUGGCACAUCUACCUUACCGAUUUAAAAAAGGGAAGAAUACUUACCUAUUCUCAGAUGACUCUAUUUAAGGCAUUAGAGGCUAUUUAAAAUGUUCUCUUAAAAAUAUAUGUAAAACUUGGUUAGCUCUUUCUGCUCAUUGGUCUUGUCCCUCUGCUUUAAUAAAAGCUUUUUUGCACCAAAAAUAUCUAUAUAUGUAUAUAUGUAUGUAUAUAUAUAGCUUAAAAUUCUUAAAAGUGAACUCUUGUUUAAAAUGUGUAAUUAUGAAAUACACAGAUAGUUGCUUCCAUCUCCAUAUUCCAUACAUAAUGGAAAAAUUAAUACAAUUUACAAGAAAGCAUUUUAUUUUAUAAAAUAAUCUAAAAUACUUUGUUGAAGAUGUGUAAAAAGUUUAGAACUUUUUUAACACUUUAUUUUUAAAAACUUUAUCUGUACUUUGACAGUGUAGCCUAGGAUUCCAUCAGAUGAUAAUUACACAGUGAGCAAGAUUCUGGGUUUACGUCUUAAAUAGGAAUAAGAUUAAAUUGCAAAUAUAAUUUCCACUACCCUAUCCUGAGUAUCAGUUUAUUAAGAUUUCUUUUAAAAGAAGAAAAUAGAACUACUUUGGCCAUUAUUGACAACUGUAAAGUAUAGAAACUUUACGAAAUACUGUAAAAAAUGAAAUUUCCAGGGGCGCCUGGGUGGCUCAGUGGGUUAAAGCCUCUGCCUUCGGCUCAGGUCAUGAUUCCAGGGUCCUGGAAUCGAGCCCCGCAUCAGGCUCUCUGUUCAACAGG